CCCUGGACCUGUGUGAAGGGGAAUGUUUGUGAUGUGCCUGGGAGAGGCCUCUUUGCAGUACUUCUGCUAAAACUGCAAAAAUUAGUCUUCCUCUUUGCUCAUUGCAUGGCAAGAGCUUUGCCGGUGAGCCUGUGAUGCAGGCCUAGAUUAAAAAAUUCAGGGCAUUUGUCAUCAUGUUGUCAUUUGUCACAUGUUUCCCAGUGUUAUCCUGACCUGCAGGUACCGCCUUGGCUGAUAAACAGCAAUAUCAGCGUUUCCCACAGAGAGUAGCAGUAGGCCAGUAUAAAUUUUAGGAGAGAGUUUCUCCCCUCCUUGGUGGAAAGGCACUAUGAUCCCAUAGACAGGACACCAGGUGACACCACAGGUUACAUUGUGUCAGCCACUGUCCCCUUCACUAUGUACAAAGUUGUUUCCAGGGCUGGGAGGUACCUCUGCCUUCUGCUGUGGAAUGGCUUUGUGAUGGAUUUAACCCUUUGUUUUCAUCAUGCUGGUUGGUAGAGUCAGUGUGUGCUGGGUGGCAGAAGUAAGGGAGAGUUUGAAUCUUGAGGCGAGAGAUUGCUUUUUGCCAUUCUUUCACUCUGAGUUCAAAUAGUUAACCUCCCCAUUUUACAUCCAUAAUGUCUGAAUCUCACAUGUCUUAUAUAAAAUUUAAACAAACUUGAUCUGAGAUGUUGCUACUGGAUUAUGGGUUCAAUUCUGCACAGCACUGAGGUAUGGUGUACAGAUGCACAGCUCCACUGCUGUGUUGGCACACAUUCACUGUGAAACUGCAGUGCAACAGCUGUGCUUGUGCCCCGCUGCCAGGUGUCAUUACUUUUCUGGGCAGACAGACUAGGGGGCCAUCUCUGCCAGCCGGUCCUUGUGAAUAAAAGCUCUGCAGCCUGACUGCUACAUCCAAGUCUCUGAAAACUCCAUCAUAAUUUACAUUGUCUGUGCCCUUCAAAAUCUGUUAUCAUCAUGAAACAGGGAGCUCGUUGUCUGCAGAGUUAAUAAAAGAGGCUGUCUUCAAUUAAAUUAGAGAAAACAGUAGUUCAAUACAUCAGCUGAUUAGCUCUUAAGCAACUCCUUUAUCAUUUCAAAACAUUACAUACACAGUAAAUCCUAAAACAACUGCAGCAGAACAGAGCUUUAGACAUCAUGAAACAAAAACAUGUUGUAUAGAGACUCAUCCUGUGUCCUGUUAGGAGUCUGUAAUAGAGUGGGAACAUGCAACAGAUGGCUUCCACGUUUAUGCAUCAGCCAAGACAGUACUGCUGCAGGCAUCUUCAGUAGAGAAGAGGAGUCAUAAUAGGUGCGGGGAGGAAUUCUCAGACCCACGAGUUCAUUGAUAAAGUUUACAAAGCAUAAAUAAAAAUCUACAGCUGAACACAACCAUUUAGGCACUUGAAUGCCAGUGAGUGCAAAUGAUUAAAACCAUGUGUUUAGAAUUAUUUAGAGACCAAAGUCUACCCACUUAACAAAACUUUGAUUUUAUUUCCUUGCUCUGUGAUACCAUGUAAAAGACUCUGGCUCACCUCCUGUGAUACAGAAAUAUUCUGUGAAGCAUUAUGCAAUAGGUCAGAGGAUUUGAUGUAUAUUGGGAUGUAGCCCCACAGUUAAAUGCAAUACAAGCAAACCAAACCUGUUAACGUGUGCAUGACCUUAAGGAAUAAAAGACAGCAAUAGAUUUAGAAAUAAGUAUUGCUGUCAGCCUUAUUUUUUUCUGUGUUAAGUCUUGACAGUCAAGCAUAACAAAAAUAUAAGUGAAAUAAAAUAGCUACUUUGGAACUUUUUGGUCCAAGUGAUCAAAAAAGGGUAACUCUGGGAGGAGUUCUGUGGUGACAGCAGAUGGCAGCAGAGCUGUACUCAAAUAUUUAAUUUUCAGUGGGGAAGAUUCAAGUACCUUUAUUGUGGAGCCAGAAAAGGGCUGCUGUGGACUUGAAUACAGUUAUCAGAACUGCUACACUACUGUUACCAGCCUUGAAGUCAAUUUAGCAUCUUAAUUUUUCAGCACUGCUUCUCCGUGUGCCCUGCAGAACCAGUCUUCACUGGCUAGGUAGCAAGGCACCUAGCUUGCAUUACAUCCUAUUAAGGACACAUAAACUAUGCCUACUUCCACCAGAGCUUUUCUUGAAGUGCUAGAUCAGGUCGAUAUGGUAGAUGUUCCCAGUGCUUUCCUUCUUAUACUUUCAUGAAUUCGGUUCUGAGGCAUCAGAGAGUCCCCAUGUAUGGGACACAGGCAUCUAAAAUCAGGGCUGACAGUCUUGUACCAGAGAAGAGAUGUCCUGUGGACAUCCAGGCAUUGUUUUCAUCCUCACGUGACAACAAAUCAGCCAAUUAAUACAGUCUCUCUUUCUCUUGUCCAGAAGUACUAUAGCUUUGUGGCAGCCUGUAGAUGCAAAGAGCAUGAAGUCAAACACAUCUGCAGAUAUCAUGGCAGGCAAGCAUGGGACAGAGAGACAGAGUUCUCAAAAGAAGAAAGGACUGAAGCCUCUGUAGUGCCCAGACGAGCUCGGACUUGUCAGCAACAUACCAGAAAAGCUUCCAAAGACAUCUACAUUGAAGUUUCUCCUGGCACCUAUUCUGUCACAGCAACCUCAGAGGACAUGGUACAACAAACCCACGUGGUGGAUGUCAUAGCAGGACAAAGCGUUGAUUUAACUUUUGUUCUGUGAUGUCUGUCGUUCCUUGGCAAUCACAGGAAUAAAUAUGAGACUGUCCUAAUGCAUGUAAUGAAUAGUGUAUGUAAUUUUCUUAUUAGCACUUUAAUAGUAUCCUCUUCCUUGAGACUCCAUUUUUUAUGGCCUGUAUAUUUGUUUUCAACUUAAUGCAAUUAUCUGCAGCCCACUUUGUACAUUGAUUUUAUAAAUAUUUGUACAUUGUGUGCCUUAAAUCCAAUUAUGUGAUCGUGUAAUUCCAGGCUUUUAUACUUGAAACAAUUAAAGAUACAAUCAAUGGAAUAAAAUACAUAAUUUAGU